UUCUCCAGUACCGGACACAUCCAACCUUUCCCCCGACGCGAGCGGUGGGGGGAGAGCGCCGACUGCGUGCGCCGGGCAGCCCUAGCUAGGGUUCCAGGGGGAGCGGCGGCGGAGAUGUCGACGCCGGCGAGGAAGCGCCUCAUGCGGGACUUCAAGCGCCUGCAGCACGACCCGCCCGCCGGGAUCAGCGGCGCGCCCUACGACAACGACAUCAUGCACUGGAACGCCGUCAUCUUCGGGCCGGAUGAUACGCCGUGGGACGGAGGAACGUUCAAGCUUAGCAUGCAGUUUGCAGAAGAUUACCCCAACAAGCCGCCAGUUGUUCGCUUUGUCUCUAGGAUGUUUCAUCCAAAUAUUUAUGCAGAUGGGAGCAUUUGCUUGGAUAUUCUACAGAAUCAGUGGAGUCCUAUAUAUGAUGUUGCUGCUAUAUUGACUUCUAUUCAGUCCCUGCUGUGUGAUCCAAAUCCCAACUCUCCAGCAAACUCAGAAGCUGCCAGAAUGUACAGCGAGAACAAGCGAGAGUACAACCGCAAAGUCCGUGAGAUCGUCGAGCACAGCUGGACUGCUGAUUAAGGCAGGGCAAGGGUACCAUUGUCAGAAAAUUAUAAUAAGCAACCGGAAACCUUUCUGGCCUGGCUGUAGUUGGUUCACUGUCAAAACAUUAAAUAUCUGCAGUGAUUGUUUGUAGGUGAAAUAUCUAGUGACUGUCUGUUGUCCUGUCCGUGGUCAUUUUGUGUUUUGGUUGCUGACAUUGCUCUUUUAUGUUGUGCUGUUGAUCUCAACAACAUUGGCAUCUGCAGUAUGUAAAAAGUUAUAGCCUGGGAAUGGUUGAUUGACUUCACAA